AUGAUUCCAAAAAAAAGAAAUAGUAAAGUAAGCGUGGGCAGGGAUAUUAUCUUCGAAGGUAGUCAUGAUACAUCGUCCAUCAGUCUUAUUAUGUUACGAUCAUUCAAGUGUUAUGAUCAUUUUCAAGUAUGGUCAAUUACUAUAUUCAAACUCCUGGGCAUAUGGUCACAGAAUCAAUCGGAACGGAUACAGAAAAAGGAUGAAAACGCAAUGGUAGACCACUAUGUUAUUGGAAUGAAUAAAGUGUACUACAGUUGUAAUGAAGUACAAUCAAUGUCAAUCAGCACGGGUCAUCAUUACCAUUGA